AUGGCCGCCAGAGGUCUCGGUUUCAUUUAUGCGGCUGCGCUCCCCGCAGUGGUCGGCGCAAGCUUUCUCCAGUCGGCCCUCUACGAUGUCAAGGGCGGUACCAGAGCUGUUAUUUUCGACAGGAUGUCCGGUGUAAAGGAGCAGGUCGUUAGCGAAGGCACACAUUUCCUCAUUCCCUGGCUGCAAAAGGCCAUCAUCUUCGAUGUACGGACAAAGCCUCGCAUCAUCGGCACCACCACCGGCUCCAAGGAUUUGCAAAUGGUCAGCUUGACGCUCAGAGUACUCCACAGGCCCGAUGUUCAGGCUCUCCCCAAGAUCUACCAGCAACUCGGCCAAGAUUAUGAUGAGCGUGUGCUCCCCUCCAUCGGUAACGAAGUCCUCAAGUCUAUCGUUGCCCAGUUCGAUGCCGCCGAGCUCAUCACCCAGCGUGAGGCUGUCUCCAACCGGAUCCGGACCGACCUUAUGAAGCGUGCCCGCGAGUUCAACAUUGCUCUCGAGGAUGUGUCCAUCACUCACAUGACGUUCGGCAAGGAGUUCACCAAGGCCGUCGAGCAGAAGCAGAUUGCGCAGCAGGAUGCCGAGAGGGCGCGCUUCAUCGUUGAGCGGGCCGAGCAGGAGCGCCAGGCCAAUGUUAUUCGUGCCGAGGGUGAAGCCGAGAGUGCUGAGGCUAUCAGCAAGGCGAUUGCCAAGGCCGGCGAUGGUCUUAUCCAAGUGCGCAAAAUCGAGGCCAGCAGAGAGAUUGCGCAGACACUGGCUUCCAACCCCAAUGUGGCCUAUCUUCCAGGCGGUGGCAAGGGCACGAACCUGUUGAUGAACGUUGGGCGGGCGUAG